AUGGAGCCGGGAUCGUCGGACUCGGACGAGGAGCGCGACGGGGACCUCGCGGGAACCCUGCGAGCCGCGCUCCCGGACGUCUCCCGCUCGGCUGUCAGAGGCGACGAUGCGUUCAGAAGAGCUCGGGGCACAGCGCCGGUCGACGACCAGAGGUCCGUUCGCUCGGCGUCGUCAAUGACGCGAGUGCCGCUCCCAACUCGCGCACCCGCACCGACGCGUCGACCCUCCCCGCCGCCGCACCCUCCCGCCUCGUGCUCGAGUUCCGGCGCCCCGACACGGCGCCCCGACACGGUGAUGACGCACGUCGCGUCAGCUUCCUUCGUUCUCGGUCCCGCGCAUCACGGUUCGACGCGCAUCCUGGACGAGACGGGAGCCCGGGGGCGUCGCAGAGGGCACGGACUGGGUCCCGCGAUAGCCGCGGCGGCGGAGAGGAGGCGCGCGGCUGAGCUACAGGCGGCGAGACAUCUGCACGAGCGGCACGUGGCGCUCUACGCGUGGGGACGAUGCGACGCCGGGCAGCUCGGCUUUGGCGCGGGAGGCUUUGGUGCGCCGACGUCCCGAGAUUCCUCGGAAGCUGCGGAGGCGUAUCCGACGCCGAGGUCGGUGUCAUCGUUGGACGGAAGAGACGUGACACACGUCGCCGGCGGUGCGAGGCACUCCGUCGCCGUGACGAGCGCGGGGGAGGUGUACGCUUUCGGCGACUGCUCCGGCGAAGGUAAAGCGCUGAGCGCACCCACGCGGCUGAGGGAGGCGGUAAUCGAUCCGCCGGAGGUGACCGCCACGACGAACGCGAUGCCACGAGUCGCGACUGUAGCUUGUGGGCAGCGACACUGCGCGGCUGUGACGACGAGCGGCGUGCUGCUGUCGUGGGGCAACGAAGAGUUUGGGCAGCUCGGACAGGGUCCGCCGCGGGAUUCAUCGUCCAAGGGUGACGCUAAAAGCCUCAUAAGAAGGAGGGCGGACGCGUCGAUGAUGCCGCGCCUCGUCGGGAGCGGGCAUGUGAAGUUCACGUCGGUGGCGUGCGGCGCCGGACACACGCUCGCGCUGACUGCCAACGGCCGCGUCUUCUCUUUCGGCCGGGGCGCGUUCGGUGCUCUUGGACACGGGGACCGACUCAAUUGCGACGUUCCCCGAUUGGUGGAUGCGCUGUGGGGCGUGGGAGUGGCGCAAAUCGCCGCGGGUGAUAACCACAGCGCUUCUCUGAGCGCAUCAGGAAGGGUUUACACCUGGGGAAGGGGAAAGUACGGUGCCUUGGGUCACCGCGAUGUCGAUAACCGCUCGAGGCCGACGCCGGUUCAGGCGCUGGAUGACGCAGGGGUUCGAUGCGAGCAAAUCGCGUGCGGGGGCGACCACACCCUCGCCAUCGCCGGCGGUGGAUCCGGUGUCUUACUCGCGUGGGGACGGGGAAGCAGCGGACCCGCAGGGACCGGGGCGACGGCCGAUGUGUUGACUCCGACGAUCAUCGAUCGCGCUCUCCUCGGGGAUGAGAAAGUUUUCCAAAUAUCCGCGGGAAGCAAGCACUCCGUGGCGGUGACCGAAGGUGGAUGCGUUUACACUUGGGGCGCGAGGACACAGGGACAGCUCGGACACGAGCUCGGCGAUGCGGGAACCUCGGAGCACGGAGUCUGGAAACUCUCGACGGGUGGGGGCGCGGCUGUCUCUGCUGUCGCGAAAGUCGCGGGUCUUCCCGCCGGACGCGACGUUCUGUACGCCGUCGCAGCUGGAGACCACACGUUUGCGGCUGUGGCGCCUGGCAAAGGGGCGGCCACGACGCGUGGCAGAGCGCCGUGGUCUGGUGCUCACGGAUGGUCGCUCCGAGCCAUCGAGCUUCCUCCUAUUCUAGAGCUUGCCGAGUCGAUCACAGCUCUUGACCCAGAGGUGGAUGCCGACGAGUGCCAUCGGAUCGUACCUGAGCUGAUUAGAGCCGUGGAAGACGUGUUCUCUUCCCCCGGGUUCAUCGUCGAGGGGUUCGCGGCUCCACGCUUCGCUGAAGAAAGUGAGAGCGAUGCUCGUACCUCGGGGCUGGACGUGACAAGUGUCGAGGCUGUGUACUCGGCACUUUGCUCGUGUGGCCGUCCUGAAAUCAUCGCCGCACUCGCAAACGCGUCGGCAAAACUCUUGGAAGCGCUACUCGACGCACUCCAGCGCGCCAAGACCGACUUGGAGGAUGUGAAUGACACGCGCGUGGUCGUCGCAGCGAUGAUUGUCCUUUGGAUGUCACCGCUCAACGGUGACCCCGCAUUGGGCGACACACUCGUGCCGCGGUUAGUGGCGGUGACCGAGCAGCUAACGGCGACGGGGGUUGGUGAUUUGCUGAUACCGUGGCUCGCUGCAGAUAUCGAUGCAGACGUAUUUGAACGCAGGCUGGUAUCACCGCUCAUGGGUUUUCUGACCAGGAGCUUGGGCAAGGAUCUCGCUCGGAAACAUCACAAGGGAAGGGGCCUGGUGGGUUCAAUCGGACCCUCGGGAAGAACCUCUCCAGGCGGUGGCAUGGACGUAUUUGCGGUUCGCGCGGCACAGAUGCUGGGCAUGCUCCACGCGGCGAAUGAAAUCAGACAAAAACAAACCGGGGAGCCAAUCGUCCCAGCAUCUGUGUUUUACAGUCAGUCGUUAAGCGACUCUCUGAAUCUUCGGGAAGAGUACAUGCGACUGAUACAGCUGGAUGCGGAUGGACUCGGUACUGGAACAUGGGGUGGUGACCGGAUGAACUCGUAUCCGGCGUGCCUCCGUCCCGGCGAGUUGGUAACUUUUUGCCAGCUCCCGUUCCUGCUCACCGCCGAGGCGAAAGGCAGGAUCUUGCAGGGAGAGGCAAACCUACAGAAGCGCCACGAAAUGCGAAUGAGCCACUUGAGUGCGAUACAGAACGGUCAGUUCUCGAACGACCUCCCAUUUGGCAGCCCGGACGCGCCGUUCCUGGAGCUCGUCAUCGAGCGUGGCAACCUUUUGAAAAAUGCGCUCGACGCAGUCGCUUCCAAGACCCCAGCGGAUCUCAAGAAGCCGCUCAGGAUAAAGUUCAAAUCUGAUGGCGUCGAGGAGGAGGGUGUUGACGAGGGCGGCGUGACAAAGGAGUUCUUUCAGCUGAUGGUUCGGGAGAUGUUCAAGGAUGCCCGGACCUUUGUAGAGUUCUCAGAGCACGGGUCUGAGGACAAGAAUUCUUCUCUUGCGCCGCCGAUGUUCACGCUCGAUGAGGAGUCGCGGUACCACUGGUUCAACCCGGCAGCGUCUGUGUCUGCCGAGUCACUCGCUCGCUUCCGGCUCUUCGGCGCCGCGCUCGGUUUAGCCAUAUACAACGGUGUCUGCCUCGACGUGCACCUGCCCCCUGUGGCGUAUCGACGCUUGUGCGGUAUGGAGCCCACGCUCGUUGAUCUGUGCGAGCUGUCGCCAUCCCUUGGUGAAGGCUUGCAAACGCUGCUUGAUUAUGACGGGGACGACAUCGAGGAGGUUUUUUAUCGCGACUUCGUCGUAGAACGUUUCGACGCUGAGACGGGCCGCACGCUCACGACAGAGUUGAAGCCUGGAGGUGAACACACGGCGGUGACUGGUGGGAACCGUAAAGAAUUUGUGAAGCUUUACGUACAACACGCGCUGGACAAAUCUGUAUCUGCGCAGUUUGGCGCGUUCAAAGCCGGUUUCGAGCAGGUUUGCGGCGGCCCGGCACUUGGGUUGUUCACCCCGACCGAGCUCGAGCUACUCGUGUGCGGUGACCCGGAGAUUGACAUGAAGGCGCUCGAGCGAGUCACAAAGUACGACGGCGGAUUUGAUGCUGACCACCGCGCCAUCAGAGAUUUUUGGUCGGUGGUGCACUCGCUACCAAUCGCCGAUCAGAAGCGUCUCCUGUUCUUCGCGACGGGCUGCGACCGCGCACCGGUCGGAGGCCUCGAGAACUUGCCUUUCGUCGUACAGAGGAGCGGGCCAGAUACUGAACACCUGCCCACUGCGCACACGUGUUUCAAUGUCCUUCUCUUGCCAGAGUAUGAUUGCCAAGAAAAACUCAGAGAUCGCCUAGCCGUGGCAAUCGCGAAUGCGGAGGGGUUCGGGCUGCAAUAGAUGUAGCUUUAUCGUUUAGAAAUUACGCUUGAAUAGUG